AUGUCGCCCAUCACCAUUGACUGGAGCAAAGUCGACCAGCCUGAACUUGUCCUGCAGCGUUUCCCAAGCCGACGCUCUCAAGUAUAUGGUACCAAAGGAAUAGUAUCUUCCUCUCAGCCAUUGGCUACAGAAGCGGGUUUAGAGAUAUUAAGAAAAGGCGGGAAUGCUGCUGAUGCAGCAGUUGCAACAUCCGCUGCUUUGAACGUCACAGAACCAAGCUGUUGCGGUAUUGGCGGUGACGCAUUUUGUCUCUUCUACGAUGCCAAAUCAAAGGAAGUGAAGGGUCUCAAUGGAUCAGGACACUCCCCUCAAAAGCUCACUUUAGAGUACGUGCGGCGACAUGGAUUGAAGGGGCGCCAAAUUCCUCUUACUGAUCUAAAUUCUGUCACUGUUCCUGGUGCUGCUGCAGCUUGGAUCGACACUGUAGAGAAGUUUGGAAGCGGAAAGCUUACCAUAGGAGAGGUCCUUGAGCCUGCUAUAAGGCUAGCAGAAGAAGGUGUUCCAGUGUCAGAGAUCCACAGCGCCUCGUGGCAACGAUCGGAGAAGCUGAUUCGAAAUGCGUCUCCGAACGGUGAUGAAAUGCUGCUGAACGGAAAGGCUCCACUCCCCGGACAAAUCAUGACGUUCCCUAACCUAGCCAAGACCUUCCGUACUGUUGCUGAGCAAGGAAAAGAUGGGUUUUAUAAAGGGCGCAUUGCACAGGAAAUCGUAAAUGUCAUAAAGAGUAAAGGAGGUGUGAUGGAACUCGCAGAUCUCGCUCAACAUGAGACGACGUUUGUGACUCCGAUCAAGUACACGUACGCUGGAGAAGUGACAGUUUACGAGUGUCCUCCUAAUGGUCAAGGUAUCACUGCUCUUCUGGCCCUUGGAAUACUAGAGCACAUUCAAGAACAAGGCGGGUCCAAGCCUUUAUUGGAAAUGGAACACAACUCUCCAGAAUACCUACACACACUCAUUGAGGCCUUGCGAUUUGCCUUUGCCGAUACUCAACAUUACGUUACUGACCCGGACUUCAGCUACACUCCCGUAGAGGAAAUGUUGAGCAAGGAAUACCUAGCCAGUCGUGCCAAGUUAUUUGAUUCAGCCAAGACGAAUAAAGUUAUCCAUGGAAACCCAGUAAAUUCUUCAGACACGGUAUAUUUCACAGUGACCGACCAGUGGGGUAAUGCUUGCAGCUACAUUCAAAGUAACUACGCUGGUUUUGGAACAGGAGCUAUCCCAAAGGGUUGUGGGUUCACUCUACAAAACAGAGGCUCAGGCUUUAUCCUGCAAGAAGGACAUCCUAAUGUUUUGCAGGGUGGAAAGCGACCUUAUCAUACUAUCAUACCAGCAAUGGCACUCCGAGGGGACGACCUAUUUCUCUCAUAUGGUGUCAUGGGAGGCUUUAUGCAGCCCCAAGGCCACGUUCAAGUGCUUCUCAACAUGCUCCGCGGCUUUACAGCUCAAGCAGCACUUGACGCCCCCCGUUUCUGUAUAUCAUCAGGCACUCCUGACCCUGAUGAUGAAGACGAAGACUCUGCAGGAGAUAUCAAUAGCGAAGUGUUCUUCGAAGAUGACAUUCCGUUUGAGACCAUUAUGAAACUGAGAGAAAUGGGUCAUAAAGCCCGUGUCAUCAGUGGGUUUGGCAGAAGUAUGGUAGGCAGGGGUCAGAUCAUCCAAAAAAUCGUCGAUGUAUCUGGGAGGACUGUAUGGGCAGCUGGGUCUGACCCACGGGCGGAUGGUCAUGCUGGAGCGCAGAUCUAGCACUUGUU